AUGACGAAGAACAACUUGGCUGUGCAUCUUAAAUGGCUUCUGCAACAAGGCCCGUCAUUGUAUCCAACGUUGUCCACAGAUAUCCCAACUGAAACCGCAAAUCGCGUUACCCAUCAGCGGACUCCACCACCCGAUGAUAUCCAAUUGCUCGAUCAGCUCGUCGAGAAUCUAGAUGACUUGGAAGAUGAGAAUAUGGCCAGACUUAUGUUGGCGCCCUCCUCCGGGAGCAAGUCAAAAAUGCUGAGCCGGGGAGACGCUCGGCUACCUAGCUCCCCGACGGUUGCCAAGAAGCCUCCAUCGUCAAGCGCUGUGAUCUCAGAAUCAUUUCUCGAACCGCCGUCCUCGUCCACACAAAUUCUGCGACCCAAGGCCACACCCAUCCGACCGGAUCGCAGAAUUGCUACCUCGCCGUUUGACGGUAUUGAGUCCAUCGACCUCACAGGUGAUCCCGAUAGAUUUCUCGCCUCGGAUGUCAAACUUGAUCUCGCAGCUCAGAGACGCUUAUGGAACAAGAACGCUGCGUCUCAAGAGGUCGUCAGCGAGAAGCGGGGACGCAAAAGGAAGAGCGAUGAAUACAAAACGGAUUUGCUUUCUCCCGCAAAGCUUGCAGCAAAAGCUGCAUCGCCCUCGAAAGAAUCAAGUUUGAGCUCCACAAAAGCAGUCAUCUCCGAGUUGCCGAGUCGAAAAAGCAGACUUCGUUCUCUGGACCUGCCGCGCAAGAACCAGAAACGCGAAGUCGCCGAUUCAGACGGUGAAGACCCAUUCGACGAAACCUGGCUUCAUGACGAUGAGAUGGUCAUUGAUGCAAAUACUGGUCUGUAUCCCAGACUUCCUCCUGUCAGUCCCUUGAACGACCCGAAGGUCGACGUUGUGGCACCCACAGCCCAGUCCACUCAGCAGGCGAUCGCCAGUAAUAAGAAGCCUUCUGUUACGCACCCAGUCAAGCGAGAGCAUUCGGGGUCUUCGUCGUCGAUCCCCGGCCCGGCAGUCCCGAGCUCUCAGUCCAAAGACGAGAGCAUACUUAAAUUCAUGAACCUUUCGGAGAACACCUGCAACGCUGUCAUUGCCAAAUUACAGCAAACCUUGCAAAAGAACGCAGAAAUAGUUUAUGAAGAAGCAAUGGCAGGUCGACCAGCGCCUGAACUGGUGGCAGCGAACAAAGGGCUCGUUUCUCAGAUUGAGUCCGUGCAAUGGCUGCAAACGUUGAAGACGACAUACAGCGACUCUUUAUCUCGGAGGCAGCAUCUCAAGCAGGGUUUGAUGCGUGCAAUAUCUCAAGGUCAAGAUCCGACGUCACUGCCGGAGUUGUCGCAGAGCCUGGCAGUUGAAGCAGAGAUAGAGAAUACGGAAACGAGCAUUCGAAAGCUUCUUUCUGAGACGGGAAUCCUCGAACAUGCGGCUGGGUAUGGAGAUGCAGCCGAUGAUGCAUCAGUUUCCGUGUCGUCUUCAUUCCAUCAAGCCGAUAAUGGUGCAUCGCGUCAAGCAACUUCGAAUGUUCAGUCUCUCUAUACUUCUGCGACAAGCUCACAAAAAGCCCAGAACGACUCAGCAACAUUUGACGUGCGUAUUCAGCCCCGGAACCACGAAGCUGGCAUUACACGGAACAUGGCUUCUCCUGAAGUCGACUUCGACGACUUCGACUGGAGCGAUAGUGACGAUGAGAUGCUGGAGGCAGCGGGAAGCUUCGAUCAUCAGACUCAGCCAGCUGCCCGGGAGCCUGCCCAUCGGAACAUUCUCACUGAAACUUCUGGAAACUCGUCGCGUGCGCCUAUGCCUCCACCCAAGAAAUCGCCAGCUCGCAACAACUUCUGGUCGAAUCAUCCAUGGUCUCAGGAGGUCAAAUCUGUUCUUAAGGACAGGUUUCAUUUGCGUGGGUUCAGGCCAAAUCAACUCGAGGCCAUCGACGCGACUCUGGGUGGGAAAGAUGUGUUUGUUCUCAUGCCGACCGGAGGUGGGAAAUCACUGUGUUAUCAGCUUCCUUCCAUAGUAACAGGCGGUCGUACGCAUGGCGUGACACUCGUGGUGUCUCCUCUUCUGAGUUUGAUGCAGGACCAAGUUGAUCAUCUGCGAAAGCUGCAUAUCAAAGCCUUCUUGAUCAAUGGCGAAUCCGACAGAGCAGAGCGAUCAAGGAUUCUGAGUCAACUACACAGCGGCGACGUUGAAGAUUUGGAGCUGUUGUACAUCACCCCUGAGAUGAUCAACAAGAACCAAUCGUUAGUCAGAUCUUUGGAGAAUCUUCAUCGUCGCCAGAAGCUUGCACGGUUGGUGAUCGACGAGGCACACUGCGUCAGCCAAUGGGGACAUGAUUUCCGGCCAGACUACAAAGAAUUGGGAGAGAUUCGAGCGAAGCUUCCCGGAGUACCGGUGAUGGCGUUGACCGCGACCGCUACGGAGAAUGUCAAGGUUGAUGUGAUCCAUAAUCUUAAGAUGACUGGCUGCGAGGUGUUUCUUCAGUCUUUCAAUCGACCGAAUCUAACAUACGAAGUGCGGACCAAGGGCAAGAAUGAUGAAGUUCUUGCGAGCAUCGCGGAGACCAUCAAAAAGUCUUACAAGAAUCAGUGUGGAAUAGUUUAUUGCCUCUCUCGGAAAAUGUGUGAGAAGGUUGCAGAAGAUCUCUGCAGGAAAUACAGACUUCGUGCUGCGCACUAUCAUGCUGGCAUGAAGUCCGAUGAUAAGGCCAAGGUUCAGAACGAAUGGCAGCAAGGAACCCAUCAUAUCAUAGUUGCAACGAUUGCCUUCGGAAUGGGUAUCGACAAGCCCGACGUCCGUUUCGUGAUGCAUCACAGCAUCCCCAAGAGUCUAGAAGGAUACUACCAGGAAACCGGUCGCGCCGGACGUGAUGGGAAACGGUCGGGUUGCUACCUUUAUUACGGAUACAGAGAUGCUGCCACACUCAAGCGCAUGAUCGACGAGGGAGAUGGUAGCUACGAACAAAAGACACGACAGAAACACAUGUUACGCAAUGUGGUCCAAUUCUGUGAAAAUCGCAGUGACUGCAGACGAGUUCAGGUCCUCGCAUACUUCAAUGAAUACUUCAGACGCGAGGACUGUGCUAGUUCUUGUGACAAUUGCAAGUCGGAACAUGCCUUUGAAUUGCACGACUUCUCUGAAUAUGCUACUUGGAUUAUCAAGAUUGUUCGAUGGUUCCAAAAUCAACCUGGCCCGAGAGGUGAGAUGGGGGAGAAAGUGACUGUGCUUUACUGUGUGGAUGUGCUACGCGGAGACUUGAAGAAAGCCAAAUCCCCUGGACACAAGUCGAUGCCAUGGUAUGGCAAAGGCUCAGACCUGGAUCGUGGUGAAGCGGAACGGCUUUUUUACCGCCUCUUAGGUGAGGAUGCCUUGGCUGAGGACAAUGUCAUCAAUGGAAGCGACUUCGCGGUUCAGUACCUGAAGCUCGGUCGCCGUGCGACUGAGUACGAAACGGGUCAAAAGAAACUGGAACUGCAUGUUCGCGGAUCUCCCAAAGCAAAACCCAAGGUGGCUGCUCGACCAAAACAAAGUACCAAGUCCGGUACUCCCGUCUACCCUCAAUCCACAAUGGUCUCGUCUCCCGUACAGUCUGCCAACAAUCGCCGUCAAGCCAGAUCUCAACAGCAGCAGAGGAGACGACGUGUCGAUCUCGACGCAACGGACGAUGAAAGUGAUGGGUUUGAACCUGUUCGAGUGGCUGGCAAGCCUCUGAAUGAGAACGGCCGCGAAGUGGGCCCCCCAAUUAUGGCGGACCGGAAGAUGGAUAUGCUGGAUCAUUUGCAUCGGGCAGUGGUGGAGGACUUUGAGGUGUCUGCCAAGAGAUAUUUGCAAGAGAUUGUUGUCGAGAAAGGUCUUCGCUCUCAGCCGUUCCCCGACCAAACCCUGCGUGACAUGGCUAUCACGUUUCCCAAGAAUAUGUCUGAACUUGCUGCAAUCACCGGCAUCGAUCCCGACAAGGUCAAACGAUACGGUCGUCAGAUCCUCAAGUUGAUUGACAACGCCAGGCGCCGCUAUCAUGAGCUGAAAGACGACGCCGAGGCCAACGGCGUGGUUCCGGACCCUAAUCACCACAAUGUCAUCAAUCUCAGCAGCAGUGACGAAUAUAGCGACGAUGAUCUCUUCGUCGACCAAGAUCCAAGUCUAGACCUCGGCUACCCGGUGGAGGUCAUCCCUGAGAAUAUCACCAGCCGCUACUUUCCACCCGCGCCAUCGCCUGGCCCUGAGCCUGAGGAUGAAUUCGACCGCGGAUCCACGACUUCACGUUCCAAAAGCAGCAAGCGCCCCUACACCCGGCGACCCCGGCGCAAAAACGGCAGCUCUACAGGGACGUGGAAAGCCAAGGGCCCCCGGUCCAGAGCUAAAUCGGGCGGAGAUCGCGCAGCGAGCAGCCGGGGUUCGUCAUUCAAAGGAAAGACCCCUAGCGCAAGAGGCCCAAGCUCUACCAUUGGGAUGAUGCCUAUUUGA